AUGUCGGUGAGGGUUUUCGGUGUUAGUACUCUGACGAUCAGCACAAUGAUUAAAAAUCCAAAUGAAUGUAUCAAGAUUCUAAUUACAGUUAGCAUCGGAAUCGUGUUUGGCUUCUUCAUAGGAUUGUCGAUUCCAUCACUUCAAUCGACCAAGAUAAAUAUCGCCAUCGAUAACAAAGCCGCUAUCGACUCUACUCGGAACCAACUUUACAAUUACCGAACGAUUCCGAUUUCGAUUUACCAGAUUUGGACCCCUUCAAAUCCAAGAGGCGCAGAAAGGUUGCCUCGGGGAAUAGUUGUCCCGGAAUCGGACUUAUACCUCCGUAGAUUGUGGGGCCUACCUAGCGACGAUUUGCCAAGGAAACCAAAUUAUCUUGUCACUUUUACUGUUGGUUAUGACCAAAGGAACAACAUUGACAUGGCAGUGAAAAAAUUUCCAGACAGUUUUACGAUUCUCUUGUUUCAUUACGACGGACGAACGAACGAAUGGGAUGAGUUUGAGUGGUCCAAGAGAGCCAUUCAUAUUAGUGCUACAAAACAAACCAAAUGGUGGUAUGCUAAAAGGUUUCUGCAUCCGGACAUUGUUGCCCCUUACGACUACAUAUUCGUUUGGGAUGAAGACCUCGGCGUCGAGCAUUUUAAUGCAGAAGAAUAUAUUACGCUUGUGAGGAAGUACGGUUUAGAAAUUUCGCAACCUGCUAUCAAACCGAACAAGAUAGCACCUUGGAAGAUGACAAAAAGGCGAAACAAUAGUGAGGUCCACAAGGAGACAAAGGAGAGGCCUGGCGUUUGCUCGGAUCCCCAUUUGCCUCCGUGUGCAGCGUUUGUAGAAAUAAUGGCUCCCGUCUUUUCUCGAGAUGCAUGGCGAUGCGUGUGGCAUAUGAUUCAGAAUGACUUGGUCCAUGGAUGGGGACUCGACUUUGCCCUCCACAAAUGUGUCGACCCUGCUCAUGAAAAAAUAGGAGUUGUGGAUGCACAAUGGAUCGUUCAUCAAACUGUUCCUUCGUUACGCAACCAGGUAAAUUAGCCUCGAUCUUUUCGGUAAAUAUUAUGUAUCGUGAAAUAUUUAAAUAGACGAAUACAUAUCAACUUUCGCCUAAUCCUUUCACGGGGGACAGGGGCAAAGCAGAGAACGGGAGUUUCUCCGUGGC